AUGUCUCGCACAGUGCUGUGUAAACUUCUACAGCGGAAAACCUACGAUAUACUUUCAAGAAAGCAUACUGUUCUUUUGCUGUUUUUGGGCUUCAUAAUCUUAUUUGUAUCUGCUCUUCAUUUUGGAGAAACUUUGAUGGAGUGGAGUAAAGAAAAAUAUGCUGUAGUGUUUAGUCCUUACCAUAACAAUAUUCUUGGGAAAAGCUUCCGAAAUAUGCUUUGCCAAUAUGUUCCAAUUGAUGUUGUUUACACUUGGGUAAAUGGAUCUGAUCCUAAGUUUUUAAGAGAACUUUCCAAAGCUAAGGAAGAAUAUGGAUUUUCAAGCUCUGCAUCAAAUUGCACACUUUCUCAUUGCAUCAUGUCACACAUGAUACUUGUUCGUCCACAACUUCCAAAUUUAAUAACAUUGAGUGAUUUAGAAGAACUUAAUCCUGCAUUUGAAGGCAUUUCAAGGAUAUUUGUUGUUGCGUCACCAUAUAGCAGUCAAGAUAAUAUAACAGUAUUGGUUUUCCCUGAUUUACAAUCUGCUAAUACGGCCCUAGCUAAGAAAAGAUUUGUUCUAGAUGGCCAGAACUAUACACUUAGUGCAGCUUUUAUUACAGAUAACUGGGCUACUCCUAAUACUGUUCUAUUAAAAGAUGUUAUUAUUAUUACUGAUAUACCAUUUGGAGUGCUUCAUCCUUCUGAAGAGAUAGUUUUUGGCAAAUUUCCAAAAGACGUUCAAGAAUCUCUCUCUAAAGUUUUUUUUCAUGAAGAGAAAAAUUUAGCUGUGCUUACAUUAAGUAAUACAAAAAGUUUGAGCUCUGUAAUCAAGUUAAAUAAUAUAACUUUUGAGAAAAAAGUGUCAAUGAUUCUUCCUGCUCAUUUAAUAGUUGAAUUGCCAUCAGUCCAUGAAGAUAUAUCUGCUAGUCGUUUUAUAGAUAACGAAGAGUUACGUUAUUCUCUACGCUCCCUAGAAAAACAUGCACCUUGGGUUCAACAUGUUUAUAUUAUUACCAAUGGACAAAUACCAUAUUGGCUAAAUUUAGACAAUCCAUGGAUUACUAUUGUUACUCAUGAA